CCUAAUUUUACUAUUAUAGCGUUAAGCAACCUUUGGAAAUCGUGUUUCAAAUCCUUUUACGUCCAUCUAUCGAGACAGCUCCACAUAAACGAAACCCAGCAUAUGCUCCUAAACAAAGCGGACAUUUCACAAUUUUCGCACACAGUCCUUAUGAUUUCAAUUACUCCUAUUCAUUAAAACCAGCGACGCGUUUUUCGGUUAAUUCGCGCACGUUUCGAAAUAUUUUUUAGCCGUUCUUGAGGCCGGCUUUGUAGAACAUCCGGUAGAUGAUAAUCUGGCACGCAGGUAUUCGCAUCGGUAUGGUGUUUUGGCCGGAAAUCGAACAAAAGGGUAAAACCGGAAGAGUUGUUACACGGACACUAGGUCGAAACAUAUUUGUUAUGAUCAUUAUUUAUUUUCACGUAGUACCCAUAUCGCGCGCAAUAAUGUCGCAGUAAUGUUGGCCGCUGUUAUUUUCGUAAAUAUCUUCUUCGUCGUGCUCAGCAAUUGUCAAAAGUGGCAGCAGGAAAGGCAGCCCGUCGUAAGGAUCCAACAAGGUCUUCUGGCUGGGGUGGCGGUUGAUACAGAGUCAUCUAAAAUCGUCAACAGUUAUCUGGGUGUACCUUACGCCGCGCCCCCUGUAGACAGUCUAAGGUUUUCGUCCCCAGCGAGACACUUAGGGUGGAACGGGACAUAUGAUGCAACCAAUUUUAGGUCCAGAUGUCCCCAAUUACCUCUACGGCUUGGCGUAACCAAUGAAGAUUGCUUGCAUCUCAGUAUUUGGUCGCCAUCUAAUUUAGGGAAUUACGCACCUUUACCAGUCGUGGUGUUCUUCGAAGGUUUGGACUUUUUCCAAAGUAGCUCCAUUCCAGUAUCAGGCCAAGACUUAGCAGCCGAAGGCAUAGUAGUUGUCACUGUGAAUUACAGGUUAAAUAUAUUCGGUUUCUUUUGCCUUGGCACUGCCGAAUCUAGAGGAAAUCUUGGGUUGCUAGACCAGUACUUUGCUCUGUUAUGGAUCAGAGAGAACAUCAAACAGUUUGGGGGUGAUCCUGAGAAAAUUACUCUGUUCGGGUAUUCGUCUGGCGCUGUUAGUGUGGCAUUGCAUAUGGUCUCGCCAAGAACUGCCGGUUUGUUUCAAAGAGCUAUAAUUUCGUCCGGAAGCGUGGUCACACCGUGGCAGAUUAAUAACGAUCCCACAGUCGCAUCCAAGGAAAUUAUAAGAUUGCUAGGUUGCAACGCGUAUACUCUCGAUAUACUCGGAUGCCUUCGAGCGAAGAAAGCAGAAGAAAUCCUGGAGGCACUUCAAGAAUACUCAGAGUCUCGGAAUUGGACGGACAUGUUUCUACCGGUGGUGGAUAAUUUCCUUCCGGAAAAUAACAGGUACUUACCUGUAGAACUGUCGAAGGCCUUAAAGGAAGGUACGUUUCUGCAGGUUCCGAUUCUAACUGGGAUAUCAAAACCGAUUACGUAUCCUCAGCUCGACGAAUGGCUGGAGCUAGCCAGUCAAGGUUACUCUCAACUCCAGCAAUACGUGGAGAGAGCUAAAAUUCCAGAAAUCAUACGGUUAUAUAAAUUUAACGGAGGUAGUAAAGAAGACAUAUUUGAUUUAAUCAAAUGGAAAUAUGCCACAGUUGUCCAGGAAGAUGUGAGGUUCUUAUUUGAUCAGUUAAAAGAGUUGGAAUAUGACGCUAAAAUCGAAGCUCCUCACUUUUUGCAACUGUCGCAAUUUUCUACUUACGUGCAACCAAUUUUUGUCUAUUACGUGGACGAUCUUGGCAUAAUGGCAAAUACGACAGAUCAUCUAGCUGCGUCGGACUUACUGUUGCUAUUUGGACCAGAUUUAUUGAAACAAAUUGGUAGGAAAGGAUUCAACUCCAACGAGAUGAGACUUGGUGCCCAAAUUAAACAGAUGUGGACGAAUUUUGUAAUAUUUGGGAAUCCCACUCCAAAUAACGUAAGAGUCAAGCCUUGGGCAAAAUAUACUUCGGAGAAUCCAUAUAUCGAGAUGUUUGAGACUAUCAAGUCUAUUGAUGUAAAAGAGGAGACCAAAAGGCGAAACAAGAGAGUGACGUUUUGGAACCACCUUUUGCCUAAACUCGCCCAACGUAGAAGUAUCCUCUCGAGCAAUAUUCCAAAGGAGUUCCAGAACAGUCCAGAUCCUGCUGCAGGAUUUCGACACGCUAUGUAUACCCUGGUGGCAUUGGUCGUAGCUCUAAUGGCUCUUUUGGUGAUAUGCAUUAUUUUGUUGAAAAAGCGGUCGAAGGAUAGAGAAAGACACAUACAUCUGGGAUAUUAAUGUCGGUUGUUUUAAAAUACAAUUUUAGGCAAGGAUACUAGACGUUUGAAAUUUCAGGCUUAAACAUGCGUGAGAUUUGAUUGCCAACAAGUUUACAAUUGCAUGACAAGUCGCGUCGUUAGAUAUCUGAGAAAAUUCAACAUCAAUAAAUUUACGUAGUCAUAGUUUGUAGGUUAUAAUCACGGAGACGGUAAAAAUUAGAGGAAGUUGUGACGGUGGUUAAAAAAAAAUAUGUAGUAAUAAAAAUGAGUCAUACUACAUGUUGACAAAUGGUGUCCUACUUUGUAAUCAAAUUAAUUAGCUUCCAAUUUUUGAAAUCAAAUGUAGUUCUGUUAAUACUAA